AUGGGUCGUAAGCUGAGCAAUGUCUACGAUCACUUCUUUCGGCUUGAACCUAAUCCCGGCCAAAAGGGACUUGUUCGCUAUCAGUGCAAAAAGUGCGACAAGCAGUACGCAAGCAAUGCGACUAGGUUGGCCGACCAUCUUAAGAUGUCGUGCGUCCCAGGGUUUCAAACCAACCAGCGCGCUCGGAUAAAAUCGAGUACUCUUGAUGACGACAACAUUAAGGGGAAAGAUAUUGCGAGCGAAGAUACAUCCGAUGGUGUAGUGACUACAGUAGCGUCGAUCAAUGCACAGACAUCCUGUCCCAAUGUCUACGCCACCACAAGCGUGGAGACGGCGCAAUCAUUGGCUUUAAAGCGGGUCGACCAGCAACUUCUUUCAAAUAUUUUAGAAUCGGAAGACAGAGAUCCACCGGAUAUCACGGAAGUUCUUCUUCGAUUAGCUAAACUUUCUACGUGUGUUAUUGGUGACGCGAUGGCUCAAAUGAAAAUUCAAGGUCAUUUAGUAGGUGUGGAUUUGAUCCGGGGCUACGAUACUCCAUUGGCGAUAAAUAUCUGUGGACCAGCGUUGACAGUUCAAAUGAUGCCAAUCGCUGGUGCACAAAUAAGCAGCAGAUCUUAUGACUACAUAGACACAGUGGAGAUGGGACAAGUGAUAGUAAUUAGUGCUCCAACAGGUAUAACGUCGGCAGUGUUUGGUGGGUUAUUAGCGACCGCUUCAAAAGCACGAAAUGUAGCAGGGAUUGUGACAGACGGCCGGGUACAAGAUGUGCAGGAUUUGUGUACAAUGAAUUUCCCAGCAUUUGCCACGGGCACAUCGGUCCAUGGCGAAACGGGAUCGACAACGAUAGGUGAAGUGAAUUGUCCUAUUGUUGUAUCAGGUUGCGUGGUGCGUCACAAUGACAUUAUCCGAGGUGACAUAAAUGGCGUAAUCGUCAUUCCUGCUGAAUGUGCACAGGACAUUGCGACUCGAGGUGAAAUCAUUGAGGACCAAGACAGAAAGAUUGUUGAAGCUUUAAAUGAAGGUGAGCCACUGAAGCGCUCCUUUCACCAGUUUCGCUCUCGUGAUAUUUGA